GAGAUCCCCAAGGGCCAAGCCAAGUAACUUCUCUCUGUUGCAUACCAUGCGACUCCAGAGGGAAAAUGGCUAUGGAAGAAUUCAACACCUUUAUCAAAAGCCAAGUCGAUGACAUUGACUCAAUAGAAGCCUAUGUCAACAUCAAGCGGUUUGCCAAAGUCACCGAGAAAAAAGUCCUGAACUACCUUGAGGAUGAAGUCGGCAUACUGGAUAAAUAUGCUAUAUCCGAAAUUGCGUCUGAAUAUAAAAAAUCUGUGGACGUCAUCCAGGAUAUAGAUUUUAAGGAGAUCCAGCUUCUUCACAUCAUUGGACUCCAUUUCCAGCGACUCAAAGAAAAGCUCAAGGUUAUCGUCCAGGACUCAAACCAACGGAGGUGUCCAAAUAAACAAGGUGCAGACAGCUGUGGAUUAAUGGUGCAAACCUACAUCAACUGUCAGACCUGCGCCGAGGAGAAGGUUGUCUGCGCCGGGGGCCCUCCAAAAAAUCAAGACUACUUGGAGAGAUGCAGCUGCCUGUGCACCUCCAACAGAUGUUUUGAUCUGAAAACUGGACGGUCCUGCUCUCCAUGUAAAGAUCACACGUCUUACCUGGCAGAGACUGUAAACUGUGGAGAGAUAAAUAUAAAAAUCCCAGAAUAUGAAGAACUAAUUCUGGACUGUACUUUUGAAUGGUACGCGAGGCUGGAGGACACCUAUAACAACGUGUUCACCCUGCCUCGUGAACACAAUCCCAAAAUCACCCGGGAGCCCUAUCUUGUGAUCAAGGGCGUACAGAUGGGGGACUCCGGACGGUACACGUGUACCACCAUCCUGGACUCUGAGGUGCCAGUGAGUAAGAUCACCUAUAACGUGGCAGUUAUCAGCGAAUCGGAACAGGCGACAAAAAAAUACCAUCCUCGCCCUACACUUCCUGAUGUGCUUGACAUCACAGCGCCUGAGCCGCCACUUCUAGAGGAGCUACAGAACAACAAUGCUUCCCUCAUAGCAAUAUCUGUGGCCGGCUCCGUCACCAUCAUGCUGAUCGCUGGCAUAUGCAUCUGCAUGUUCUGGAGGAAAAUGAAAUCUAGAGAGCCUCUGGAAAAAGAGCCAGUGUGAAGGCGAACCGUCAAGCACCAUCCUGUACUGCCACCCGCCAGGAAAAAAAAAAACUGAAAAUUUUAACCCUUCCCCAA